CGGGCGGGCUUCUUCAAAGCGAUAUUUUUUCCCUUUUCUGCAUUCGUAGAUUAAAUCCAACAAAACUCUCAUCCUUUCUCUCCUCAAUUGUUCCGUAUUUACCUGACGGCGGGCAAACUUACCGGUGCUACUAUACCCUCGAAACCCAAUACUACUGCGCCAAAUUCCUGUCCGUCCCCGUGACAUUGUUUUUUUUUCCAGCCUCACCACGCCUCGCCCUCUUCUCCAACAGCAAACAACGACACUGCGAGCGACCCCAGCGAAUUUAGCAAUUUCUAUCAACAACCUAUUCAUUAGCUCCGAUCACUCAUCAUGUCUUCCCAACCCUUGCUCCAGACCGCUCCCGGCAAGCGCAUCGCCCUGCCCACCCGUGUCGAACCCAAGGUCUUCUUCGCCAACGAGCGUACCUUCUUGUCAUGGCUCAAUUUCACCGUCGUCAUUGGCGCCCUUGCCAUUGGCAUGCUCAACUUUGGUGACCGUGUCGCCUUCAUCUCUGCCUUCUUAUUCACCGGCGUCGCCAUGCUCACCAUGAUCUACGCUCUUGUCACCUACCACUGGCGUGCGAAGUCUAUUCGUAUGCGUGGCCAGGCCGGCUUUGACGACCGAUUCGGCCCCACGAUCCUCGCCAUUAUCCUCCUCUUGGCCGUCAUUGUCAACUUUGUCCUCCGCAUUAUGGACCAGUCCAAGAAGAACACUCCCCAGUAAACCCAUGAUUUACGGUGUAAAGACCCUGGGCGUUGGGGGCUUGUUUUAUCUUGCCGUCGUGUAAUGAUUCACGAAGCGCUUGAUCCGCCACGGUUGACACAAAACGACCUGGGCGGCAGCGAAGGGCGACAAGCGUAUUUAACUCACACUAUGGCGUUGUUUGAUUCGGGUAAUUUGUUUCGAUAUUUGAAUUGGUGUAUAGGUAGCUAAAAGACAUAUAUAUACAAUAGCAUGCUUUGUAAACUUUCAUUCGGCAAAAUUCAUUACGGUAUAUGUACAUGUGCUGAGGGCCUAUGCUCCCUGGCUGCCCUGGCUGCCCUGACUGCCUUGGCUCCCCUGAAAUGUAACGUUUUCCUUUCCCUUGAGCUCCGGGAUCGCCAAGGUAGAAACAAAUACUCUCAAUGACUUGAUUGAGCGUUCCGUUGGUGGUGGUAUAAUUGCAUUGGUGAAUCGGUUCUGCAUUACUUCAAAGUCGUCAUCUGAGUCGUCUUCAUCUUUUUCAUCUUGUUGUAUGACCGUUUUUUCUAUAAUUUCUUUUUGUUUCUUCUUCGUUUCUUCCCCUUUAGAGUCGAAUAGCUGGUUGUAUUGGUACCAGUGGUCUCCGUCUGCUGAUAGCAGCCGUUUGAUCUGCUCAACAAUUGUGAUGAGCUUACCAACUUCUGCCGUCCGUGCAUAUAUGAGGACCAUGCGUGGUUUGCCAUCCGGACUUGGCGAUUUUAAAUGUGAUAUAGAUGAUGUGACACGCUUUUGUAUCGACGUUGAUGAUAUGACUGAGAGAGUACUGAGGUCAUAUUUUGGGCUAAGCUCAUCAACAGCAUCCGUGUGAUCUUGAAGAAGUGAAGGUUCCAUAUCUCUUAUAUAUCAAUGCGUGCGCAAAUUUCAAUCGAGAUAUAACGUAUCACAAGUUUCAGUUGCAAUCAAGCAAUGAACAUAUUUUGGAUGGGCGUGUUAGUCGGCUAAUCAUGCAGAGCUGAAGUUAUCUGGUGCAGGAUUUCGCCGCUGUAAGAG